AUGGCGGGUCGUAGAGAUAGAAGCCAACAACUCCGUGGAUCUCGAAUUGCGAUCGCAAUCGUCAUCGGUAUCUUUAUCGGCUGCGUUUGCGCACUUAUGUUCCCUAAUGGGUUCUUCAACUCGAAGUCGUCGUUAAGAGUAAACGAACGCCUUUCGAAAUCGAGCGACCAGGUUGGUUCAUCGUCUUGUGAAUCGCCCACACGAAUCAAAAUGCUAAAAUCAGACUUUGCAUCUCUCUCAGAGAAGAAUGCAGAGUUGAAGAAGCAGGUCAGAGAGCUAACAGAAAAGCUACGGUUAGCGGAACAAGGAUCAGACAAUGCACGAAAACAGGUUCUAGCUUUGGGAUCACAGAUCAAGGCGGGUCCUUUUGGAACUGUCAAGAGUCUAAGGACUAAUCCAACUAUUCUAUCCGAUGAAUCUGUAAACCCGAGACUGGCAAAGAUUCUAGAGAAGAUUGCUGUCGAUAAAGAGGUAAUUGUGGCUCUUGCAAACUCGAAUGUGAAAUCAAUGUUAGAGGUUCAGAUAGCUAGCAUAAAGAGAGUGGGUAUAACGAACUAUUUGGUGGUCGCAUUGGACGAUUACAUAGAGAAUUAUUGUAAAUCAAAUGAUGUUGCUUACUACAAGAGAGAUCCAGACAAAAACGUGGAUACGGUUGGGAAAACCGGAGGUAACCAUGCCGUAUCUGGAUUGAAGUUCCGCGUAUUAAGAGAGUUCUUGCAACUCGGUUAUGGUGUUCUUCUCUCGGAUGUGGACAUUGUCUUCUUGCAGAACCCGUUUAGUCAUCUAUACAGAGACUCUGAUGUGGAGUCAAUGAGUGAUGGCCAUAACAAUAUUACGGCUUAUGGAUUCAACGAUGUGUCUGAUGAACCAGCCAUGGGUUGGGCUCGGUAUGCUCACACGAUGAGGAUAUGGGUUUUCAAUUCCGGGUUUUUCUAUCUAAGGCCUACAAUUCCAUCAAUCGAGCUGCUGGAUCGCGUUGCGGAUAGACUCUCCAAGGCAAACUUGUGGGACCAAGCGGUUUUUAAUGAGGAAUUGUUUUAUCCUUCACAUCCUGACUACAUUGGGCUUCACGCAUCUAAGAGAGUAAUGGAUAUGUAUGAGUUUAUGAACAGUAAGGUCCUUUUCAAGACUGUAAGAAAGAAUCAGGAACUGAAGAAGAAGGUGAAACCGGUGAUUGUUCAUGUGAAUUACCAUCCAGAUAAGCUCAAUAGAAUGCGAGCCGUGGUUGAGUUCUACGUAAAUGGCAAGCAAGACGCGCUUGAUAGCUUCCCAGAUGGUUCUGAAUGA